AUGUCUCUCUCUCCAUACUUCAUAGACGCCCUAGCUGCAGGCCCAGCUUACGACGUGCUCGACAAUGACGCAAACGUCCUCCCCUCUCGUCAGUUUAAGAUUGUCAUUGUGGGCGAUUCCGGCUGUGGUAAAACUUCCCUCUUUUCCUCCUAUGUGAGAGGUUCCUUCCCUUCAGAAUACGAGCCCACCAUCUUUGAAAACCACCGAACUUUCCUUAGAAACACAGAGACCAACGAAAUUAUCUGUGCAGAUUUGUGGGAUACAGCAGGUCAAGAAGAAUAUGAGAGAUUGCGUCGUUUAAGUUACCAAGAUGCUGACGUUAUUAUCUUGGCAUAUUCAUUAGACGCUCCAGAGUCUUUACCCAAUUUACACGAAGUUUGGGCUCCAGAAGUCAUGAGUUAUGCGCCUAAUGCCGCUAUUCUUCUUGUGGCUUUGAAAAAUGAUAUACCAACUAGAAUAGAUACAAAAUUAUCUUAUAAGAUUGCCUUGAAUAUAGGCGCCGUAGCUCAUAUGUCUUGCUCAGCAAAGGAGAUGAUCAAUGUCAAUGAAUUGUUUGAUGCAGUCUUCAAUACCGUCUACAACAAGGCAAGAUAUACUACAAAAUCAAAAUCUGCUUCGAAUAAUAGAAAUAGUUUUACUAAUGCUAAUGCCGCAAUAAAUUCUGAAGGUCAAAAUGGAAAUGGCAUCUAUACAAAGGGGAAAUCAAAGGAUAGGGGUAAUCGUAACAGUAUGGUCUCCUUCAGAUCAAAGAAAACAUCAACUUCAAAUUUAAAAAGGAAAGCUUCCUCCUCUAAAUGUACUAUUUUGUAA